AUGACUCCGAACCUCUACCUCGCAACGCAGACGCUGUUUUCGCCGCACAAAUGGUUUGUCCGGAGGCAGUCCGAAAAACCCCGUCGCCAGACCGAGCACUGGGAAAAUCCCAUCGCUGGCAUCUACGAGUACAUCCCCGGCCGAGGAUGGUAUCUCGUAGCCACCGACUAUCCUGAUGAACGGCUGGUCCAGCCGAUUCACGUAAAGUACUCCAAGGUGCUGAAGCGCUACAUGCUCCAGCCCGACUACGACACUCGCAAGCGCCAUGGCAACAUUAAGGACGCCAAGGGCAAGACGAGGAACGUCUGCUUCUUCCGACUCGACGACGGCGUCGCCUGGGUGCAUUGCUGGGACGAUGAGGGCCACUUCAUCCCCGGCCCGUACAAGAUGUGGUGUGUCGACAAGGAAACGAACCAGUUCCGCCACAUGCUGAAGGGAGACGAUCCCUUCUACACCAGCCGAUCCAACAGCCGUGCUGAUGACCAGAUUCCCACGUCCAGGAGGAGCCAGGAGAGUCGCUCGACGCAGUAUCGUGGAGAGGGAAGCAACAGUCGCACGCCCAAUACCUCCCAGCCAAGCACCCGUGCGAACAGCGUGCGCGGCCUGUCCGCGCCUCCGACUCGGCCAGGCAGCCCGAGAGGGAGC